AUGGCAGCUACGGUUCCUGGAGGCACAACUCUGGGCGUGCCGGGCCAAACGAAACAAAAAUUCAAUAAAGUACUGGGUCUACAGCCCGAGCAAAACGAAAAGGAACUAUACGCCAUCUUCAGGGCUGAUUCGACGUCACGGUUCUACGUGCCGGCCGUCAUGAUGGGACACAACUCGACGCCGCCACCUUCGUCGCGUACGGUUCACGUUCUCGGAAACGACGAGCGAUCGCUAUUUCUGUCACAUGCUCUGCACGGCAUCUACGACUCGGUCAAGACGCUAGACAUACCGGCCAACACACCAUAUCGGGGCAUUGCCGGAAACCUAGGCACCAGGAAGAACCCAAAAGGCUGGAUCGAACCGAAUGCCGCAUUAGAGACCUCGCCGGAAGUGGAGAAGGACGAUACACAUAUCAGCAACCUCGUGGUGUCCGGGAGACCGAGCGAGAGCAUCAAGCUACUCGAAAAGGUCAAGCAUCGGAUCGACGACCGGACGGCCGUCUGCUAUGUUCAAGACGGACUCGGCGUCGCGGAGGCGGCCACCAACCGAGUCUUCCCGGAGAAAGACAAGCGCCCGUCGAUUAUGCUCGGACACAUGACGCAUUCCCUGGCAUUUGACCGAAAGGCAAAGUCGGUCAAGGUGAUGACACCCAAAUACGAGACGGCGCUCGCCGGUGUGCGGCCCUACUACGGUCCCAAAAAGUCAAGAUCCCGUCGCUCAUGUUCUCGGCCGUCUGCGAUCCUAUCUGCGUCAUGCUGGAUUACCGCUACAAUGAGCUCAUCUACAAUCCGACGAUCGCCGAUGUGGUCGCGCGCAUGCCCGAAGUCAAGAACUCGCCUGAGCUGCAGAGCGUUCUGCGGGGAGGGCAUGCGCAAGGAGAUUAUGGAAAACUUAGAGGGAAGGGGUCCGCGCCGAGCAAGAUGGCGUUGCAGAUACAACGGGGCAUGGGCCGUAGGCGUGAAGCUGCCGGCGAACGAGAUGGUCGUGGGUAUGGUGAAGGCAAAGCAUAAGGCGCAAGUUGAGAAGAACCGGUCGUACAUGCCAUUAGAGCUGACCUCAAGGAGGUGA